AUUUCGCUGAUAAAACUUGUAUUCCGUGUCAACCGAACUGCGCCGGUUGUCAAGAUAGACCAGACCAUUGUACCAGCUGUGAUCAUCACUUAUUAUUAUUCCAAAAUAAAUGUUUAGCUUCGUGUCCGCUUAGUACUUACGAAACCGAUGAUUACGGCUGCGCGUCUUGUCACGAAUCGUGCGAAACUUGUAGCGGUUCGAAUAGUUCGCAAUGCGUUUCGUGCCCUUACGGUAGAUAUUGGCACGAAGGUCGUUGCGUUAAAGAAUGUCCGGCUCACCAUUACGCCGACGUUCAACAAAAAGAAUGUAUAGAAUGUCCGCCCGGUUGUAGCGAAUGUAAUAAGACGACUUGUAUAUCGUGUUUGGACGAUUGGAAGGUGAACAGUAAAGGCAGAUGCGUUUCGCAAAAUAGUGAUAAAUGCGACGUAGAUCAAUAUUACGAUAACGGUUUGUGUAAACCUUGUCAUUCGACUUGCGAUUCGUGCGACGGUCCGACGGAAAAGGCGUGCAUAUCGUGCGCAAGUCCGUUGAUACUUCAAGGUACUAAAUGCGUGGGAAAAUGUAAUAAAGGGUUUUAUAACGAAAGGGAUAGUCAAAUAUGCGAACCUUGUUUGCACGUGUGCGAGAGAUGCGUCGCCAAAACUAAUUGUACCGAAUGUAAAAGCGGAUUACAGUUACAAAGCGGCGAAUGCGCCACAACAUGCGCUACGGGUUAUUACAGCGACAAAGGCAUAUGCUUACGUUGUUACAUGAGUUGCAAAACUUGCAGCGGUCCAGGACCAGAUCAAUGCGUCAGCUGUCCGAACGGUUGGCAACUAUUAUCCGGCGAAUGUCGUCCCGAUUGUCCCGAAGGAUACUACAAAACCGAAUACGGUUGUCAGAGAUGUCAUUAUUCGUGUAGGAAUUGUCCAGGUUGCAAAAACGAAGAAACCAAAAGGAAAAUCAACGUCGAAGCGCUCCUGUUAUCCGCCCAACCGGGAACGACUUUACAAAUAGUGAAUCCUUUUAAUUUAGUUACUGGAAUUGCGAUAAUUGCGAGUUUGUGUGUCGUCAUACUUUUUAUAACGAUAUUCGUUAUAUUACAAAAGAAUAGUUUGCAAGCCCACCAGCGUGGUUACAGUAAAGUAUCGAUAAAAAAACCGAAAGUAACUUGUAAUUACAACGUUGUAUCAGUAAGCGACGACGACGAUUCCAGCGAUUCGGACAGUUCCGACGGACGUAAUCUGAUAACGACGCCAAAACCGGAAAAGACAUCUUGUUGAAAUGAAAAUGCACACGGAAAACGAAAGGAUAAAGGUAUAUUCAGUAAAAAAGAAGAAAAUUUUAAACAUACUACAUAGUGUAAAUAUUUGAUACGAACAAAAAAAAUACUGUCUUCAUUGGAUGUUGUACGCCAGCGGGUUAAUUUUUAUUUUUUCGAAAAAUGAAUCGGUUAAGAAAUAAAAAGAUAAUAAAAUCUCGAAAAUUCUCAUUCCGUAUACUACUUAUUAAGUUUUAUUAAUUCUAUUUAAGAUUGUAUAUUUACUUUAUUAUUGUAUACGUAUAUUUUUAUAAAAAAAAAUAAACAACCCCCUCCAUUAAAAAAUUCGAGUGUAAAUCGAUUUUUUUUAGUAAUUAAAUCGAAACUAAAAUAUACUUACCGUUAAAAUCUCUCUAUUUACAUUCAUUAUUCUAUUUACUCGCGAUAUUGACGUUAAAUUUCCCUUAAAAUGCGAAAAAAAACUACGUUUGACAACACCGCAACGUCCGCAUCUUCUAUAUGACGAUAUACAUAUUUCCCCGAAUCUGGGGAAAUAUUACGCGUGGCAACAACGUAAUCUAUGUAUUUUUCUUUGAAAUGAUAUUCGGAUUGAGAAAAUUACUUUUGGAAACACCGUAACAUUCGCUUACGUUUCUACGAAACAAAAGAAAGAUUAUGCGCGGCAAUAAUGUAAUUUCUGUAAUUUUCUUUCAAAUCGUAUUUGAAUUUAGAUGAAGUUACUUUUAGUUUUGGCAACGUCGUAACGUACUUGGCGUUUUCUAUAUUUCCCCAGAUCUAGGGAAAAACUCGGUAUUACAAUAAUGCAAUUUUCAUAAAUUCAAUAAACUGUUUAAAAACUACUGAAAAAUCGAUUCAACUUUUGACAUUACACAAAUCGAUUAAUAAACACUUUGUUUCAAACUGUUUAUUAAUUAACUGUUUGUUUCAAAGUGCAAAUUGAUUCAACUUUUGAUGUUGCAGGAAUCAAUUAUUUCGUUUAAAAAUCAAUAAACUGUUUGGAAAAUACUAAAAAAUCGAUUCAAGUUUUGACAUUACAUAAAUCAAUUAAUAAACAGUUUGAAACAAAGUGCAAAUUGAUUCAACUUUUGAUGUUGCAGGAAUCGAUUGUUUCAUAAAAAAAAUAAACUGUUACUAAAUAAUGAAAAACUUUUGACAUUGAAAAAAUAGAUUAUGGCGAUCGAAAGUUGAUUAACAGUUUGAAACAAAGUGCAAAUCGAUGCAACUUUUAACAUUUUAGAAGUCGAUUUUUUCGAUCGAAAAUUAUUAUCAAUCAAGAAAAAAUUGCAGGAAUCGAUUAUUUCGUUUAAAAUUCAAUAAACUGUUUGGAAACUACUAAAAAAAUCGAUUCAAGUUUUGACAUUACACAAAUCGAUUAUUCCACUUGAAACUUUAUGAGCUACAAAUCGAUUCAGCUUUUAAUGUUGCAGUAAUUGAUUUUUUAUUCGAAAAUCAACGAGUACAGUCUUUAACAUGGUAUCAACUUUUUGUAAAAAACAACGGUUUUUAUGAUUUUUUUUUAAAUUUUUAACUCUGGUUUAAUUAUUACAUCACCAACAUAUAACAAUGAAGACAGCUCAAUGUAAAAAAAGAAGAAAAAAACGUUAAAUUAUAAGAAGCGAAACUUAAGUGCUCUUGAUAUUUCAUGUCGUAAUAAAUAUAGUUAUUUUUAAAUGUACACUUUGUAUAUAAUCAAAUUAGGUAAAUUGUUUCUCAAAGUUAUUUAUGAAAUUUUACCAUUUGUACGUCCCAAAUUCGUAAGUUGUUGCGUCAUUUCGGUGAUAUAGGUGGUCCAAACAUAAUAUAUUAAUUAAAUUCUCCCCCAUUCGAGUUUUAUUAUUUCGCGAAUCUCGUUUUAAAAAAAGAGCGAGUCAACGUUUUUACGAUUUUUAUCUGAGGAAAAUUUCUUACGCACCUCGUAGAAACGCUAUAAAAUUAAUGACAUUUCUAACUGUCAUACUUUCUGUCAAAUGUCUACUAUACUAGUCCCUCAGACGAAGUUUGUUUCUAAACUAUUUAAAUCGGUUAAACUAGAUCAAUUUCGGGAAUAGUAUAAUCGACACUUAACCUAUAACUGUCAUUUGUAUAAAAGAAAAACUAGACCUAUACCAACGUCAUUAAAAUUCGUUAUUUUAUUUGUUGUUUAUUAAUGAAUAAAUGUUUUUAAUGCGAGGGAUAGUUGAUAAUUAUUAAUAUGAAUUGUUUUUUUUUUUUCGACUCGCUCAAAAAAAUAUUUUGAUUUGUAAAUAGACCACCCCAAUUUUUUUAAUGUGUUUCCAUAGGAAACGAAAACUUUAAAUUUCCAAAAUAACGUAAAAAAUAUCCAAUUUUGAUCUAAAUAAAUUGCUUUAUAUUUUAUACAAAUUAAUUUCAUUUUAUUAUCAAAAUAAAUUGAUUGUAACUGUG